AUGGCACUGAACCUAAAGAUUUUUGAGUGGUUAAAAAAAUUAAAUAUUUUCGAUGGCAUGACGAACAAUACAGUUGAACAACAACGUCGAGCAACGCGUCUUUAUAUAGUUCUUCUUAUUAUUGCAUUAUUCAUUCUUAUUCUUAAUAAUCUGCUAGUACAUUUCUUUCAUACUUUCACAGUAUCAAAUCCAUCGCUAGAUCAAUAUCGUGAAUUAGAACACCGCUAUGGUAUAGACGCCAUUAGUUGUCCAUGUACUCAAUUAUCCAUUCCAUAUGCAUCAUUCGUCGAAACGACAUUUAACUUUCAUGAACUGUGCGGAAGUCAAUUUGUCUCCAACAUAUUCAUACAAAAUUUAUUUCAAGUGUAUAAUGGGUUGAAUAAUUCCGAUCCAAAGUUAAUUGUAUUCACACUUGAAGGGACAGCUUUUAGCCGCUUUCAAAGUCUUGCCAUAUUGUGCAAUAUUACCGCUGAUAUUAUACAUGAUGGCCGUCAACAAUUUCUUUCAUCAUCAGUGAUCUCUGCUUAUAUGAUUGAUAUUGAUCUUUUUAAUCAACAAACAAAUGCUGCACUCGAGAAAUUUCAAUCCACAUUACCUCAAACAUAUAUAAAUUCGCUUGAGCUUUUACGAAGUCUUACACAAGGUAAUGGACUAGUGUCUCUAUUUUCGACUAAUUGGUAUCUUCAAACUUAUAAUGUUUCAUAUGCAGCACCUAUCUAUUUUCAUCCACAAAUCUAUGGAAACUGCAGUUGUGCCACGUCAUCUGCAUGUACUCAACCAUCGGUUCCAUUUAUUUCUGGUUAUCUUGUUGGUUGUACUCCACUUGAGUCGCUUCUUCAAAGUACUCUUGAAUGUCUCUAUGAUCAGUCAUGUAUCGAUCUUCUCACUUUCUAUUUGAACAUGUCUUUACCUUCUCGGAUUACCUCGUUACAUAAAAAUACAACACGUUUCUCUUCAAAUGAUACUAUUGACUCUAUCGCUCGACAAUUGUUUAUUGAAACUCGAUCAUCUAAUAUAUCAUACGAUAAUUUCUUUCAAAAAUGUCAACCUCUCACUUGCUAUGUGAUGAUUAUUACACCAAAUAAUUAUCUUAUUGUUAUCACUACAAUAUUGGGUCUUUAUGGAGGCUUAACUACAUUUUUAAAACUUGUUGUUCCUUGGUCGAUAUUAACUAUUGAAAAACUCAAGAGAAAACUCAGUCAAAACAAACAAGUCAGAGCACAACCAACCACGAAUAUGAUGGAUAGUUGA